UAAUUGCAGAUCUCUUGGCAGAGAAGGCGAUCCCGAGGACGCAAAGUCACGCAACUUCGAAUAAAAAAUUUUGAAUAACAUUUUUGGGAACCGUACACGAGGGUGAUAUCGUCAUUUCGGAGCUUCUCUGUAAGUCCACCAUACCUAAACAAUUCUUCACAACGUAAAAAGUAGGAACAGCGCGGAAACGCCUGUAGAGAGAGAAAGAGAGAGAUCUAGAGGAAGAAGAAGAUGAGUUGAGAUAUGCGAAAAAUAAGGAGAAGUGAUAGGAAGAACUGUUCUUUCCGGUUGCUGCCGAUUGCUUUGGGCACUGAAAUAAUUUCGUCUCGACUUUGGCCUUCAUUGACUUGUUUUAGGAAUUUUUACGGAGGAACUCUUGGCAUUGUGAGCGCCUCUGGAUUUGCACAUUCUGGUUCUGGAGUGAUUUAAUAUCGUCAUAGUUUGGUGGUGGUGGUGCGUAAUUUUGCUGGUUAAAAUGUCUGCUGUUGCGAAUGGUAACACGAAACGCUAUUCUUGGUGGUGGGAUAGUCAUAUAAGCCCCAAGAACUCUAAAUGGCUUCAGGAGAAUCUUACAGAUAUGGAUAGUAAAGUCAAGCAAAUGAUCAAGGUUAUUGAAGAAGAUGCAGAUUCUUUUGCUAGGCGAGCAGAAAUGUAUUACAAAAAGCGGCCUGAGCUUAUGAAAUUGGUUGAAGAGUUUUAUCGAGCGUAUCGUGCUUUAGCUGAAAGAUAUGAUCAUGCGACCGGUGUUAUUCGUCAUGCUCAGCAGACUAUGGCAGAAGCGUUCCCAAACCAAGACCCCAUGAUGUUUGGUGAAGAGUCGCUUGUUGGUUCUUCCACCAAUGAGUUUGAUCCACAAACGCCUGAGAGUUACCCUCCUAUCCGAGCUCCGGUUUACCCCAAUGAGUUAAAAAAAGAUGCUUUAGGGAUCUCUUUCCCUCAUAUGAGUACCGUAAAGCGAAAUAUAGCCUUCAUGGAAGAGCCUCAUCAGCCUGCGAGUAAUGGGAAGGGUUUGAAAACUGGAAAGGCAAGAAAAGGACUGAAUUUCAAUGAUGUUGAUGGAAAUGGAAGAAAUGCUAAGGUUCUCUCGGAAUCUGAACGCGCUAGCAGAGCUGAGGCUGAAAUUGUGGUUUUAAAAGAUGCUCUUUCAAAAGUGCAGGCUGAAAAGGAAGCUAACUUAGCUCAGUUUGAUCAGAAUUUGGAGAGACUUUCUAAUCUGGAAUCUGAGGUAUCUCGUGCACAAGAGGAUUCCAGGGGGUUUAAUGAACGAGCCACAAGAGCCGAAGCUGAAGUCGAAACACUUAGAGAAACCCUCAGCAAACUAGAGAAUGAAAAGGAAUCCAGUCUUCUUCAAUACCAGCAAUGUCUACAAAACAUAGCUGAUUUGGAGGGUCGCAUUUCUCUAGCUCAGGAGGAGGCUGGAGAAGUAAAUGAGCGAGCCAGCCAAGCCAAAGCUGAAAUUCUAGCCUUGAAGCAAAGCCUGGUUAUAUCUGAAACGGACAAGGAAGCUGCUCUUGUUCAAUAUCGGCAAUGCUUGGAAACCAUAUCUAGCCUGGAAGAGAGGUUGCACAAGGCUGAGGAAGAUGCGAGGUUAAUCAAUCAGCGGGCAGAAGAUUCUGAGGGUGAAGUUGAAAUCUUGAAGCAAAAGGUCUCCAAAUUAAUUGAUGAAAAUGAAGCUUAUGUACUCCAAUACCAACAGUGCCUGGAUACAAUUGCAGAUCUUAAGCUCAAGCUAUUUCAUGCUCAAGAAGAAACCCAGAGGCUUAGUCGUGAAAUAGAGGAUGGGGUUGCUAAGUUAAAAUUUGCAGAGGAAAAAUGUGUCGUGCUUGAGAGAUCAAAUCAAAAUCUGCACACCGAGCUGGAUGGUCUAUUGGAGAAACUGGGGAAUCAAAGUCAUGAGCUCACGGAGAAACAGAAAGAGAUGGGAAGAUUGUGGACUAGUGUACAAGAAGAACACUUGCGUUUUAUGGAGGCCGAGACUGCCUUUCAAACCCUUCAGCAAUUUCACUCUCAGUCUCAAGAGGAGCUAAGCACUUUAGCAUUGGAACUGCAAAACAGGUCUCAAAUCCUGAAAGAUAUGGAGGCCCGUAACAAUGAUUUACAGGAAGAAGUUCAGGAAGCCAAAGACGAGAACAAAAGCCUCAGUGAGCUCAAUCUCUCUUCCGCUGCAUCCAUUAAAAGUUUGCAGGAGGAGGUCUCAAGAUUACGGGAGACAAUACAGAAACUUGAAGCAGAAGUUGAACUGAGAGUGGACCAGAGAAAUGCUUUGCAGCAAGAAAUAUACUGUCUUAAAGAGGAAUUAUUUCAGAUAGGAAAGAAACACCAGUCCAUGGUAGAACAGGUGGAGUUGGUUGGUUUACAUCCAGAAGGCUUUGGGUCUUCUGUCAAGGAAUUGCAGGAGGAGAACUCAACGCUAAAAGAAAUAAAGGAAAGAGAAAGUGUCGAAAAGAUGGCCCUGGUUGAGAAGUUAGAAAUGAUGGAAAAGCUUGUUCAGAAAAACCUUCUUCUGGAGAACUCCAUAUCAGAUUUGAAUUCUGAGCUGGAAACAAUCAGAGGAAAGCUGAAGACAUUGGAGGAAGCUUGUGUGUCACUCGCAGAAGAGAAAUCAGGCCUUCAUUCUGAGAAGGACGUAUUGAUUUCCCGUUUGCAGAGUGCUACAGAAUACAGCAAGAAACUCUCUGAGGAAAACAGGUUACUGGAGAAUUCUCUUUCUGAUGCCAAUGCAGAGCUUGAAGAACUCAAGUCAAAAUUGAAAAGCCUAGAAGACUCAUGCUACCUGCUGAAUGAUGACAAGUCCAGUUUAGUUAAUGAAAGAGAAAGCUUACUCUCUCAUAUGGAUAUAAUGAGAAAAAGCAUUGAAGAUCUGGAGAAAGAACAUGCAGAGUUAAAAGUGAAAGUUUUGGAAUUAGCGACCGAGAGGGAAUCUUCGCUUCAGAAAAUUGAAGAAUUGGGAGUGUCUUUAGAUGCCAAGGACCGUGAGUAUGCUUGUUUUGUAAAAAUGUCUGGGAGUCGGAUAAAUGACAUGGAAUCAAAGAUCUAUCAUCUUCAAGAUGAAAUUCAACGCCAGGAGAGUGAAUAUCAAGUGGAACUGGAUCGAGUUCAUGAUGCUCACAUUGAGAUUAUUGUUCUGCAGAAAUGUUUGCAAGACUGGCUUGAGAAGAGUUCCUCUCUGGCUGCUGAGAAUCAGAAUAUCAAAGAGGCUUCUCAGCUGUUAGAGAAGCUAGUCUCUGAACUAGAACAGCAAAAUAUUGGGAAACAACUGCAGAUUGAGUCCUCGAUUAACUGCAUUAAAAUACUGAGAACGGGGAUCUAUCAGGUAUUGAUGAAGCUUGAAGUAAUUCCAGGUAUAGAUUCCGGUGAUGAGAACUCGCAAGACCAGCAAAAUAUUCAUGACAUAUUGAGUAGACUUGAUGAGAUGCAAACUUCGCUUUUGAAGACUCGGAAUGAAAACCAGCAGUCUGUCAUUGAGAAUCUCGUCCUUGUUGAAUUUCUUCGGCAACUUAAAUCAGAAGCUGUUAGUAUUGCAACAGAGAAGAAAGCCCUUGAGGAAGAACUUAAAUCUCAGCGUAACCAGCUCUUGUUUUCGCGGGAUGAAACCCAGAAAUUUAUCAUCAUAAAUGGAGAAUUGACCACCAAAGUUAAUCAAGGAGCUGACAGAGAAGAAGCCUUGACGGGGAAAAUUGAGGAUUUGCACAGGCAGUCUUCCAUUGAGAACCUCGUCCUUGUCGAAUUUCUCCGGCAACUUAAAUCAGAAGUCGUUGGUAUUGCAACAGAGAAGAAAAUCCUUGAGGAAGAACUUGAAUCUCAGUGUUACCAGCUCUCAUUUUCGCGGGAUGAGACCCAGAGACUUAUCUACGUGAAUGGAGAAUUGACCACAAAAGUUAAUCAAGGAGUCAACAGAGAAGAAGUCUUGAAGGUGGAAAUUGAGGAUUUGCACAGGCAAGUCUUGCAACUUCGAAAUGACUACACCAUUUUGCAGGCAGAGAAGAACAAAACUUUAGACGAGAAAAAAUACUUGACAAAGUCAACAUUGCGGUUGGAGGAGGAGAAACGUAAACUAGAAGAGGAUAUGUCUUUGCUUCUUUCCGAGACUAUAUACCAAAGCAAUCUCAUUCUUCUUUUGGAGGAUGUCGUCUUGGAAAAACUUUCAGGAGCGGUGAAACUAAACGAGGAUCUGGACAGACUCAUUUUUGUGAAGUGUAAGCUCGAGGAAGAGGUAAGGGAGGUUGGUGAUAAGUUAAAAGCUACAGAAGUCGAGAACUUGCAGCUUGAAGCUUUGCUUGAGAAAACGGAUGGCGAACUGCACACUGCCAGAUCAGCUAAUGAUCAGUUGGAACAUGAAAUUGCUAAUGUGAAAGAUCAGUUGGGUCAGAAGGAGAAAGAACUUCUAGAAGCUAUGCUGAUGAUCUCCAUCGUGCAAAGUGAAAAAUCUGAAUUAUCUAAGGCAGUGGAGGAUUUAGAUUGUAGGUACAAGGAAACUAAAUCAAUAGAAGUAGAUAAAGAUAAGCAGGUUUUGAAACUCCGUGGAGAUUACGAUGAGCAGAUUAAGAAGACGGGUCAUGCAAACGAAGCUAAUCUUAAAUUGGAAGCUAACAUGAUGAGCCUACUCAUGGAACUUGAAGGAAUCAAAGUGGAGAAGGAAAAGCUGAACCAGGAGCUUUUAACAGAAAGGAAUGAGAUUAAACUAUGGGAGUCUCAAGCUACAACAUUGUUCGGAGAUUUGCAGAUUUCGGCUGUUCAUGAAACAUUGCUUGAAGCGUUGACCCAUGAGCUGGCUGAAUCCUGCGAAAGUCUUGGAAAUAGAAGCACAUUAAAAGACUUGGAGAUUGACCAGCUUAAAGGAAGGGUGAACAACUUAGAGGAUGCCAACAAAGGACAGAACGAUCUUAUGAGCAAAUACGCCCAAGCUAUUGUGUUGUUGAAGGAAAGCAUAGAAUCCCUGGAAAAACAUAUUGCCAUGCCUCACGAAUUCGAGAGUGAACCAGCCAAGGACACUGCUUCAAUAGUGGAUAACAACGAUUGGUUCUUAGAGUUGCAAGAAAUGCGUUUUAGAAUCAAAGCUAUCGAGGAGGCACUAACCGAAAAGCUUGCAAUGGAAGAACUAAAAACAGCUGCCCGAAGAAGCAGAAGGAGAAGUGGAAGUCUGCGGAAACAGAACCAUGGAAUAUAUUCAGAGGAAAGCGAAAUGAUCACGAAAGACAUCGUACUCGAUCAGGUUUCUGAUUGCUCAUCAUAUGGGAUUAGUAAGAGAGACAUUCUGAAGAUAGAAGAUGAUCACAGUUUUGAGUUAAAGCCACAAAAUCCUCAAAAAGGUAAAUCCUUGUCUGAAGAGUCACUGGUUGUGGACAAAUUAGAGAUCUCCGAUAGAUUCACGGAUCCAAACAAAGAAACAAAUAAGAGAAAAGUUCUCGAGAGACUUCAUUCGGAUUUACAGAAGCUCUCGAAUCUCCAUAUCGCCGUAGAAGAUUUGAAAAGCAAAGUGGAGACAGAGGGGGAAAGCGAGAAAGGAAAAGAAGACGAGUACGAAACGAUUAAGGGACAGAUCACUGAAGCAGAGGAAGCAUUAGAGAAGCUUUUAAGCAUCAACAGAAAACUGGUGACAAAAGUCCAAAGCGGAUUUGAGAGAUCAGAUGGAAGCAAAUCAUCUAUGGAUCUUGAUGAGAAUGAGAGUAGCAGGAGGAGGAGAAUAUCAGAACAAGCGAGAAGAGGAUCAGAGAAGAUUGGGAGGUUACAGUUGGAGAUACAGAGAUUGCAGUUUCUGUUGUUGAAACUGGAAGGAGAAAGAGAUGAUAGAGCGAAGGCGAAGAUAUCAGAUAGCAAAGCGAGGAUUCUUCUUAGGGAUUAUAUCUAUGGUGGAGUGAGAGGUGAGCGACGGAAGAGGAUGAAAAAGCGGUUCGCGUUUUGCGGGUGUGUGCAACCGCCUCCAUCUCCUUGAUCGUUUCGAAACUAGAACUUGUUGCAAGUAAACGUAAUAAUAUUCAUGUGAAUGGAAGUGAAUUUAAGUUUAAAAUGAAUGAGAAACACCUUUGAUAAUCUGUUAUAGUGUUAUUUUCCGUUUGAAAGAGAUUAAAUGAAAUUUGUAUAUUGCAA